ACUGAAGUAGCCUAUAUAUUACAUAUACAAAGACUUAUUACUAUAUUAUAAAAUACAUCUCACUCUCACUACCUUCUCUUCACCCGCAAAUGGCGACCGCUCCUCUCUCCGGCUUCUUCCUCACCUCUCUUUCUCCUUCUCAACCUUCUCUCCAAAAACAAACUCUUCGUUCUUCUCCCACCGUUGCUUGCCUUCCCUCAUCCUCCUCCUCCUCCUCCUCCUCCUCCUCUCGUUCCGUUCCAACACUUAUCCGUAAUGAGCCCGUUUUUGCCGCUCCUGCUCCUAUCAUCACCCCUUACUGGAGCGAAGAGAUGGGUAGCGAAGCAUACGAAGAGGCCAUUGAAGCUCUCAAGAAGCUUAUUAUCGAGAAGGAGGAGCUAAAGACUGUUGCGGCCGCUAAGGUGGAGCAGGCCACGGCAGCACUUCAGACAGGUACUUCCUCCGACAAGAAAGCUUUCGACCCCGUCGAAAACAUUAAGCAAGGCUUCAUCACUUUCAAGAAGGAGAAAUACGAAACCAACCCUGCUUUGUACGGUGAGCUCGCCAAGGGUCAGAGUCCUAAGUAUAUGGUGUUUGCUUGUUCCGACUCGCGUGUGUGUCCAUCGCACGUUCUCAACUUUCAGCCAGGAGAGGCCUUCGUUGUCCGUAACAUAGCCAACAUGGUUCCUCCUUUUGACAAGGUCAAAUACGGUGGAGUUGGAGCAGCCAUCGAAUACGCUGUUUUGCACCUUAAGGUGGAGAACAUUGUGGUGAUAGGACACAGCGCUUGUGGUGGGAUCAAGGGACUUAUGUCUUUUCCUUUGGAUGGAAACAACUCCACUGAUUUCAUAGAGGACUGGGUCAAAAUCUGUUUACCAGCCAAGUCAAAAGUCAUAUCAGAACUUGGAGAUUCAGCCUUUGAGGACCAGUGUGGCCGAUGUGAAAGGGAGGCAGUGAAUGUUUCACUAGCAAACUUGUUGACCUAUCCAUUCGUGAGAGAAGGACUUGUGAAAGGAACCCUUGCUUUGAAGGGAGGUUACUAUGAUUUUAUAAAGGGUGCUUUUGAGCUUUGGGGACUUGAGUUUGGCCUCUCCGAAACUAGCUCAGUUAAAGAUGUGGCUACCAUACUACAUUGGAAGCUGUAGGAACUCUUUCAAGCCUUUAUCCCGUUCACAUUUCAAUUCAGCCACACCAACUUGUUGUUUCUAUGUACCUCAUCAGAAAACCCUUGGCAUUCUAUUUAAUAAUCAAACAUGAAGAAUGCAUGCAUAUGGUCUUUUGAUUUUAUUAAAAUAAGAAAGCUAAAUCAAAAGAA